AUGACUGAUGUAUGGAAAUCAAACGCGCGGAAGUUUUGUGAAAUUUGUAAGGUGUGGUUCGCCGAUAAUCGUGUAAGUAUAGAGCAUCAUGAAUCUGGUCGGAGGCAUAAGGAUGCGAUUCAGGCGAAACUGCGCGAGCUCGGUAGGCAGAGAAGUCUGAAAGAGAAGCAACAAAAUGAUCUGCAAAGAACUUUGGCUGCCAUGGAAUCAGCUGCUAAAAAGAGUAUGUCCUCAGAUUCUACGGAUCUGCCUUGUAAGUGGAAUCAGAGUGAGCGUUCGGUAGGCUUUGAGCUAGUUCUCUGUCUAUUUCAAGGUGCACCAGUUGGUCCUGCACUGAAACCGCGUACCUUUAUGGAUCCAAGAGCUCAUGGUUCGUCAGUUGCUGCUAUGGCUGUAGAAAUGGCAAGACGGAAACGAGAGAAAGAAGAGGUCGCAAACUUGGCAACAAAGUCACAACACUGGAAGGACGAGGAUGAAGACGAGCAAGUUCUGCUGCCCAAGAAAGAGCCAUCCAUUGAAAAAACCGAGCAUAACGAAGAAAUUGUAUGGGCCGAAACGACUACAGAUGAAGGAGUGCCAUAUUAUUUCCAAAUUUAUACUGGAGGUUCAUCUUAA